AUGAAGAGGGAAUUGAGGAGGGGUAGACGCGUUAUCGCGGGGAAAGUCGUGGCAUCAAAUAGUGAAGUGGCGGACGGGCGCCGAUACCGGGCAUCUGGGCAUCAACUUGGCCCAGGGAAAUUGACGAUAUGCGACCAGGAGCUGAUACUUGAUAACGUGUUGAUAAGGCGUGUUGAUAGCCGGCCUGGUUAUCGUGCUGACACCACACUUUGA